AUGUGUGGGGACACCGUGGGGACCGCGGCCUCUGGGAGAGAUAGAAAAGCGACGCAGACCGCCCGAAUGGAGACAGAGGAGACGGCCAAACGACAGGAGGAAGGAGAACAAGAAAGAGACACCUGGAGGGCGCCGAAUCGCCACAGAAACUUGCGUCUCUCAGAAGCAGACUUUGCCCGUCUUGAGACACAGUGGCUGACUCUCAUGGAGCGCGUAAAACACUUUGGCCGCGUAUCAAGCGGGAAUCGCGUGAAGAUUUACCACGAAGGGGACGAGGUCUUCUCGUCCAUCCUUCGGAGUAUCGGAAGCGCAGAAAAGACGAUUUUGAUGGAAUUUUAUAUCUACGACAAUUCCGCUGUUGGACGUGCCAUCAAGGAUGCCUUGUGUGCCGCGGCACAGCGAGGCUGCUUUGUGGUGCUCGUGGUCGACUGGGUUGGCGGAUUCAAUAUGCCUACGGUGUGGCAAGACGACCUCGUUGCUGCGGGAGUGAACGUCGUGAUUUUCAAUCCGCCGUUCCCCCUGGCGCUGCAUGGACUGGAGCACGACUCGUCGCCGAGGUCUUCGCUCUCGUACCUCGCAGCGACAGCGAAACACAUCCUCGCCUACGGGAAGGGCGUCUGUAAACUUCUGUUCGCGUCUCCGGCUUCACAGGGGCUGGAGAACAGCUGUCGCGGCACUGUCGAGCCUGUCACUCCCCUCCCUCUCGCAUCUCGCGUCGCGUCUUCUCCCCCGUCUCCGCAGUCGGCCGGUGGAUGCGGCGGCUCCCCACCUGGCCUGCAGCAAACUCCAGGAGCGACGGAAGCUCAGGUGUCUCUGCGAGGAAGCCGUGCACACGCACCAGGGAGUUUGUGGGCAGACCGCGUGGGGCCGAUUCCCUUCCGAGACCACCGGAAGAAUCUUGUGGUCGACGGAAAGGUGGCUUUUGUGGGGUCUGUAAACGUCGCCGAGGACGCAGUAGGAGCAAAGUUCGGAGGAAGAAACCACUUCUACGACUUGCACGUCCGCGUCAGAGGACCAGCGGUGAAGGCGCUGGAAGCCCUCUUCGUGGAGACGCUCGAAACCUCGAACGCACGGCCCCUGCGAGAUCGGCUGGUCUCGCAUCUCGCAAAGGUCGACACGGAGCAGGAAGCACGGAUGCCGAGGUUCGGCAACUGGCGGGAAGGAACUCAGCGAAAUGGAGGACUCCUGGACGGGCACGAAAGCGGGGGGAAGACAGGCGAGAACGAGCCUACUGUCGGACACAGUGGAUUCAGCCAAGAGGUAAACGGUAAGGCGGUCGUGGACCUAGGACAGAGCAGUGGGAAACUGCAGUCUUCUCUCCCCUCGUCUUCCUCUGAUGCUUGCUUUGCUCUAUCAGAAUCGCCUUGUGCUUGUGUGUCCUCGUCUUCCUCCACGCCGUCCUGGUCUUUUUCCUUUCCGCCUUCAUCGAGCGGGUUUUCUUGGUCGCGUCUUCGAGCGCGGCUGCUCUCGAUUCUGCCCUGGCGAAAAUCGAGUGACCGCGAAGACCGAGAGGCUACGUGCCACGGCGAGGAGCGUCGCAACCUCCUUCUAGGGUGGAAGGCCGUGAGAAUGCCCGCUCGUCGUGCCGAAACCGAGACGGAAGAAGUUGACGACGACGCCGACGACGCGACCGAUGUUCUGGUUCAGGUCCUCGAGAGCAACGUGAUGCGGAAUCAGCGCUCCAUCCAGGCGGUCCUCAAAUCUGCAAUCUACAAUGCAACUGUCUCGCUGUACGUGACGGCGGCGUACUUCGUCCCGCCAGGGUUUCUUCGCCGCGCACUCCAAACGGCUCUCGGCAGGGACGGCGUCGACGUGUCCCUUCUUCUCUCGGGGGACAGCGACGUAUGGGGGGACGUGUACGCAACAACUUACGUCGCCAGGAAAUUUCUGCGAUGGUUGACUCCGGACACGUAUCCCCCGAUGAGCGUCGAGGACGAGGACGCAACGCCCAGCCCUGGCUCUCAGGACUCCGCGACUUCUCCCUUUCCCCAGGACGAAGCAGAGGGAAAUGCACACGGCCGAAAAGAACGCGCUAGCGAGUCGCGUGACGCAAAACCCGAGAGGACGGGGCGGAGGCAGGUGUGGAGGAGUCUGCGAGGACGGGACGAGCCGAAGGGAGAGGCGUCCGUCUACUUCCUGUCUUCCCGCCACUGCCACGCGAAAAACAUUGUGGUAGACCACCUGUGGAGCACAAUUGGGUCUUUCAAUCUCGACAGGUUUUCUUCGCGUCGCAACAUGGAAGUCCUUCUAGCUUUUCUCGACCCCGCCAUCGCUCUAAAGUUUGAAGACCUCUACUGGCAACACGUCCAGAACGGCGAGGCAGAGCGGAUGACCGUCGAGAAGUGGAACAGCCAGAGUCUUGCCAAAAAGGUCAUCUGCUUCUUCUGCUACUACGUCACCCGAUUUGCUGGAAAGAACUUCUUCGACGGCCUUUCUGACCAGCGAAGUCGGGCAGUCUUUAAUCGUCUCCUUAUUGCGUCGUACCUGGACGACAUGCCUGCAUCAGACCUCUCGACGUCUAUGCUGUGGGGUUUCCAAUAG